AUGAGUUCGCCUACAAAACUGAAUGUUGAUUCUUUCGGGGUAGAAGUGAGUCCAAUCUUGUAUAGGAGUAUCAUUGGGAGUUUACUCUACCUUACAGCUAGUAGACCAGAUAUUGCAUUUAGCAUGAGUGUUUAUGCUAGAUAUCAAGCUGCUCCAAAGGAAUCCCAUCUGACUACGGUGAAGCGAAUCAUACGAUAUAUUAAUGGAACUCCAAAUUAUGGGUUAUGGUAUUCAAGGACUCAAAUGCUUGCCUUGCUGGUUAUUCAGAUGCAGACUGGGCUAGAAGUGUGGAUGAUCGAAAGAGUACUUCAGGUGGCUGCUUCUAUCUUGGUAACAACCUUGUUUCUUGGAUGA